CUUUAGGUGCGGGAAUCGCUUUUGCCCACAAAUAUCGAAAUUCUGGAGGAGUAUGUCUUGCACUGUAUGGUGAUGGAGCAGCUAAUCAAGGCCAGAUUUUUGAAGCUUAUAACAUGUCGAAAUUAUGGGACGUACCAUGCAUUUUUAUUUGUGAAAAUAAUGGUUAUGGAAUGGGUACAAGUGUAGAUAGAGCUUCUGCCAGUACCGAAUACUAUACCAGAGGAGACUACAUUCCAGGAAUAUGGGUUGAUGGAAUGGAUGUUUUGGCUGUAAGAGAAGCAACAAGAUUUGCUAUAGAUUACUGUACAUCUGGGAAAGGACCACUCGUUAUGGAAACAUUUACAUAUAGAUAUAGCGGACAUAGUAUGUCAGAUCCAGGAACGAGUUAUAGAACAAGAGAAGAAAUACAGGAAGUUAGACAAACACGAGAUCCUCUAACAAGUUUUAAAGAAAAAAUUUUAAACGUUGGUCUCGUAACAGCUGAUGAAAUAAAGAAAAUGGAAAGUGAAAUUCGUAAGGAAGUAGAUGAGGCAGUAAAAAUUGCAAGAUCUGACAAAGAAAUACCUCUUAACGAACUUACUACAGACAUCUAUGCGUGUAACUUAGAGAAAGAAAUACGUAAUACGACACCUUUCAAACCACUUGUACAUUCUAGUUUGGGAUCUGCUGUAAACAUUUAAUUUAUACAUAUUAAAAAAGAUUUGUUCUGUAUUUCUUUAACUUUUUAUUUACAAUCUAUAACUGUCAAAUUUGGCACUGUUCUUUUGAAUAAAGAUAUGGCCUUAAAAAUUAUUAAAACAUAA